AGACGAAGAAGCUCUUUGGAGUUCUGUUUACAGAAAUUCAUCUUUGAUAGCAAGAGAUUCUUGUUCAAACGAUGAGCGCUUGUGUCCUCCUGUCAAUGGCUAUUAUGGAUGUUGUCCUAUAAACAGUAUUUGCCCAACUAGUGGACCUCCUUACAUAUGUAAAGGCGCUUCCUGUGGUCCUAAUCCUGUAUAUUGUGCUGGAAAGUGUUGUAAAGAAGGUUAUACUUGUGUACUUAAUGGCUGUUUCCCAUCAUAUUCGACAGUAGUGAAACCGACGUUUACAACAUUAUACCAGACAACAUCAGUACAUCCGACAUUUACAUCAUCAUACCAGGCAACAUCAAUAGAGUCAACAUCUACAUCAUCCUAUCAGACGACAUCAAUAAAGUCGACAUUUACAUCCUCAUAUCAGACGACAUCACUAGAGCCGACAUUUGCAACAUCAUACCAGACGACAUCACUAAAGCCGACAUUUACAUCAUCAUCGAAACCGAUAUUUCUUCGAAUUUAA